UGCUGUGAUCGUUCUGUGGAUGUUUCUUUUAUCUGAAGCAGAGACGAGAGGAACUUUAGAUGCUGGGGGAAGUUAUCUAUAUAUUUAUUCUAUUGGAGCAGAGCGCUCAGAGAGGCAGAAAGACCACAGACUCAGCCAAGGACCUCUCUCCUCUAUCAGGGCCGCCAUUAAGAGGACGACGACUCGAUCCACUUCUGUGAGCGAGAGUACUCCCAGAGACCGGAGGCGUCCAGAGAUCACCAUCCUUUCAGCAGAGCCACUGGUGUCUAAUACCUGGUUCCCCGGGGCUUCUGGGGGAUUCCCUCCUCCUCCUCCUCCUGCCGCUCAGAUCUGGGGCAGUACUAUACCUCCUACUAUACAGCCUCCCCCCUCCUAUGAUGAGGUGAUUAGAGAGAAGAGACAGGAACAGGAUCAAGUGUUGCCUUCCUCCUCCUCCUCCUCACCCCUACACUCCGUCUCCACGACUACCAUCGCCACGCAGACUGACGCCGGACCAGAAUCCUCAGUUCCAACCCACAGUCACGCCCCAGUCCAGAGAGGCUCAGUGGCCACCAGAGCUCCAAAACCUCCCAGACCUUCUUUCCCCUUUAUAUCCAAACCUGAUGACACGCCGUCGCACGUUGAUGACACGACGGGAGCUGCUACUGCUACUGUCGACCCUCCCCUCUUCCUAGAAGACAGUCCGGCACUACACACGCACACUCCGACCAGCAGACACAGCGAGGACACCAGACCAGCAGCGUUUCACAGUGACCUCUUGACCUCUGAUCCUUUCUCACCUCUGACCUUUGCCUCUGGCAGCCAAACCGACCAAUGGGUGCAGUCCUCCUCGGUCCCACCCCCUCAUUCUACUGUUGCCUUGACAACUCCCUCCUCCCCUCCUCUGCUUCAUAACCGGCCCAGGCCACACCCUCGCACGAAGAAUAGCCUUCGACCAAUCAGGCGAGAGGUCAAGGUUCAGACCCUGGUGAGGCUGGGACAGACAGAAAGUGAGGUCACAGAGAACCAGGAAGUGAGGAAUCAGGAGGGGAAGUACCUUCAGGAGCUCCUGGACGCCUUCAGCUCAGACGAUUGGGGCUUCCCCGAUCACCAUAGCAACGACAACAGAGAGAGCGACUCGGAAGAAGAAGAAGAAGAAGAGGAGGAAGAUAUGAGUACUCUGAGAGCCAGGAUACAAGCCUUCGAGCAGCAGCAACAGGCAGAGGACCACGGUAUCCAUGGAGACAACGGCGCAUCGCUAGGGCGGGGGAGACCUGAACCCCGUCACCGAGUCCAGCCCCCGUCCAAACCGGCCCCUCCCAUCGCCCCUAAACCCUCCCUCGCAACCAAGACCUCCUGCAAAGGAGUCUGGCAAGGAGGAGGCUCGGUGGCAAGCGACGUGAACUUGACUGUUGAUACAACCACCACACAGCCCAAACCCAGUGACCCCUCUCCCAAACCCAGUGACCCCUCUCCCAAACCCAGUGACCCCUCUCCCAAACCCAGUGACCCCUCUCCCAAACCCAGUGACCCCUCUCCCAAACCUAUUAAGACCACCUCAAGUACCCCUGUCCCUGCCCUUAACCCUAUUGUCCCAAUACCUGCACCCCGACCCCUGCUCCCUAGAAAGCCCCCCUCUGAACCCCAAAGACCAGACCGCCAGGCGAGGCAGACAGAGGGGACCCCCCCAAUUCCCUGUCCUCCUCCCAGACCUCCAGUAGCACCCAGGACUAAACCCUCCGUAGAACUCCACAGCACCAACACUAAACCCUCCGUAGAACUCCACAGCACAAACACUAAACCAAGUGUUGCUCAGAAGCCCACUGCCAUGACGUCAUCCGGUCGAGCGAGUGCCCUACCAGAGAACAGGAGACCUUCUCUGCCGUCCAAACCCUCCAUUCAGACCUCAAUCCCAGCUCCAGUCCAGGUUACUCCCCCAACCUUAGCCCCAUCUCCAAACCCAGCCCCAGUGGGUUCUACCCCCCCAGUCUUAGCCCCAGUGGGAUCUAACCCCCCAGUCUUAGCCCCAGUGGGUUCUACCCCCCCAGCCCCAGUGGGAUCUACCCCCCCAGUCUUACCCCCAGCCCCAGUGGGUUCUACCCCCAGUCUUACCCCCAGCCCCAGUGGGUUCUACCCCACCAGUCUUAACCCCAGUGGGAUCUACCCCCCCAGUCUUAACCCCAGCCCCAGUGGGAUCUACCCCCAGUCUUAACCCCAUUGGGAUCUACCCCCAGUCUUAACCCCAGCCCCAGUGCGGUCUACUCCCCCAGCCUUACCCCAGCCCCAGUCCAAAGGAAAACACCACCAGUCUCCACAGAGUCUGAACCUCCUCUUCCUCCUCGACCCCAGGGAGGGGUUAAGACGCUCCCCCUCCGCCCCCCUCCCAUAAAGACUGUUCCUGGUCGACCCCCACCUCCCCAGGCUAUCUCUGCCCCCUCUACUAUAUCAUCCAAUCAGCCAUCCCCUCCUCAGGAUGUCUCUGCCCCCUCUACCACAUCAGCCGAUCAACAGGCUGUCCCCGCCCCCUCCAAUCAGCCGCAGGGUCAGAGGGCACCAAAGAGAGGCCCCCCUCUACCCCCCCGACCCAAGCCUGGACAUCCCCUGUACAAGAACUACAUGAAACAGGACGUCCUGGUUCUGUUGGAGAAGAUAGACUCCGCCCACGAUGACUGUCUCCUGGGGGAGGAGUCAGGUCGGGUUCAAGGGUCACACAUGACUGUUAUCAACCCUCUGUCUGACCAAUCACGGCCUCCCAACAACCAACAAAACCAAUCGGAUCCCGCCUCGAAUGACAAGAGCCAAUUGAAGCCUCCUCUGAAUACAAGAGCCAAUCAGAACCUCCGUCCAUCCUCCCAUCUCAGACCAGUGUAGAGAAGACCCAGGUUACAGCACCUGUCAGCGGUCCGAGGUGUGUGGCGCGGUUCGACUACGAGGGUGAGGAGGAAGACGAGCUGACCUUCUCCGAGGGUAACGUCAUCGCUCUGACGGAGGUGAUUGAUCAGGAGUGGGGGCGGGGUCAAAUCCACGGGCGAAUAGGAAUCUUCCCCCUGGCCUUCACCGAGAUCCUGGAGGAACCACCCCCAUCGCCAGGGUUACAGACCAUUGUCGAGACAACUGAAUCAUCAGACGUUCCAGACCAGUGGGUUGUGGCUCUCCACGACUUCCCAGGUCAGACUGCAGAGGACAUGUGGUUCCAGCAGGGCGCUGAUCAGAGUAACGGAGCGUGUCGCGCAGACUGGAC